GUGACACAGUCGCUUUGCAAUUGAUUCGUAACAGUGUCGGAAGCAAUGAAUCCUGUAUUACUACGUUGAUAAAUGUGUGUCACUAUACAGUUGAUCGUUUAACUCAGCAGUCGACUGUACUGAAAGAAAACAAUACACUGCUAUAUUGGUCGUCGUUUUACAGUCAGAUUAUUGCCUAUGGGCUACUAGCUUUAUACUAUAAAUAAAUGACAUCAGUUUCAAAUAUAUAUUAAACAUAAUGACUAAUCAAGAUAGAGUGGUUUUAAUAACUAAAUCUAAAACACUCACAUCAACAGUACUUGUAGUUGAACGCCAAGCAGAUAACAACAAUGAGCACAAUGAAAAGAAUGAAUAUCUAGCUGGCGGAGAACACAGCGGCAUCGUGAUCAGCAAAAUUAGAAAAUACGUAGAUAUUCAAGACGAAACACCCGCAGAUACAUCGGUCCAGUUCUGCGUGUUUCUAGUAAAUGGUCAAACGGGUCUACACACCAAAGAAAGACGUACCAUAAAAUUUUGGUGUAAUGGAGAUAAAACGGUGGAUGCCUCAACAGUGGCGUCUCAAUUCUUUCAAGACUUAAUAUUACCUGAUCAAUUUCCUCUUGAUUAUGUUGGUUUUGUAAAAAAAUUAUUAACUUUAAUGCACAAAGGCUAUAAAUGUGUAUCAAAAAUUGAAAUUGAGUUAAAACAGCUGGAAAAAACAUCAGUAAAACCUGUAAAUCAAGUUUCUGUUGAAGGUUCAAAAUUAAAUUUGGAUAUAUCACUCACUAAAUUACGUGAAUUGAUCGAAUCUUCAUAUCCUAACCCACUAACUAUUGACGAUAUUAACAAGAAAUACGGAUGGAAGAACUCAGACAUUAAGGACAAUUUAGAGAAACUACAACAGUCUGGAAUUGUUAAGCCUGUUGAUGGUGGUUACACGAGAGUUGUCCUUCAUGACAAAAUUGUUGAACAAAUUCCUAUUAUUCAAAAUAAUCGGCAACCAACUGUGGCUAUUAUCACAGCGGAGUAUUGUGAAAAAGUAGCCGUUGAUAUGUUGAUCGAAAACAAAGAAACUUUUGUACGAUACACCACUGUUGGAGAAUCAAAUGUUUAUACAAUAGGAAAAAUGGGAAACCAUAGUGUAGUUUGUACCAAACUUCCUGCACUUGGAUUAAGCAGAGAAGCUACAAUAGCAGCCGGAAAUGCAAUAACUCGCUUAUUAGGAACAUUUCAAAAAGUUGAACAUGUUUUUGUUUGUGGUGCUGGUGGUGGUGUACCACAUUAUACAAAUUAUGACAAGCAUGUAAAAUUAGGAGAUGUAGUUGUUUCUCAUUAUGGAAACAACCAAAAAGCUGUAUAUACAUACUGUAAGAAUGUCUCAAAUGAAAAUGGAAACAUGAAAUUCCAUUGUCAUCAAUAUAGUCCAAAAAUAUUUGAUAUACAAAUAGCUGCAAUGAAAUUACAGACAGAAGUAAAAUCAAUUGAUAAAAAGCCUUUAUGGGAUGUAUAUUUAAGCGAAGCUUUGAAUAAGAUAGAAAAACAAAAAACCGAUAAUGAAUCUGACUUUAAACGACCACCAGCAGAUUCCGAUAAACUUCAAAUGUAUAUCGGUAAAACAGAAUUGAUUGAGAUAACUCAUCCCAUUUGCAACGAUAAGGACAAUAAUUUAGGUUUAAGAGUACAUGUUGGUCCUAUUGGCGGUGGUCUAAGUGUUACAUCUAAUGCGUUUACAAGACAAAAAUUCACUACCGAAUAUAAAUUACUGGCUAUGGAUUCAGAAUUUGACUCAGUUAUGGGAUCCCUAAUGGGAAACUAUUGUCAUUCCUAUGCUAUUGUUAGAGGCAUUUCAGACUAUAAAGAUGGAUCAGUAAAAAACAAAUGGCAACCUUAUGCUUCCUUAGCUGCAGCAUCUGUCAUUAAAGCAAUACUAUCGAUAAUCAAUAUAUAAACUAAUUAAAAUUGGUUAUAUUCUCAAAUAACUUUUAUUUUUAUUAUAUGGGUUUGUUUUUCCAAGUAAGAUAUAAUAGUAAUCUAGAUCAGCGAUUCUCAACCUUUUAACUUCCGAGUACCGGAGUACCACCUACACAUCUUGAAAAUUUUCACAUACCAUUUAAUUUAGAAAACUAUUUUUUCAUUUUGUCUAAAAAAAAAUUUAUAGAAUAUUAAAAUUUAUUAAACAAAAGUAAAAUUAAGCAUGUACAAUUUAUUAAAACAUAAAUCAACCAAGCAUUACAACAUUAUAGAGAUUAUUGUUUAUCUAAAUUUCUAUCUUUAACGUGAAUAAAACCGACUAUUUGGUUUAGUAAUCAAAUAAACGAAAUAAUAGUUUAUGUAUAUAAUAUUGUUUUAUUUUAUGAUAAAUAUUUAUUUUUCAUUCAAGUACCACCUUUGAGCUUCCUGCGUACCACUAGUGAUACGCGUACCAUAGGUUGAGAAACGCUGAUCUAAAUAAUUCAUUUUAUUUGUACAAGCCUAAAUAUUUAAAAAAAAUCAGUUAUUCAUGAUAGUUUAAACUUUAAAGUAUUGUUUACUAUUAUUUUAUAUAGUUGAAAUUGUAUAUAAUACCUUUAUAACUCAUCAUUCACAAUAUCGUGCAUCAUA